AUUUAAUGAAAUGUACCUAAAAUGUUUAUGAUGUUUUAAAUCAUCAAUUGAAAUUUGAAAAAGGGUAAAAUCAGAUGGAAUAAUCAAAUCUAAUUCAUUAAAUGAAAAAGAUAUUUGAACCAUUAGCAAAACGAAGCAAUAGAGUUGAGGAUGAAAGGGUCCCAGUUACAGAAACGCAAAAUAAAGAUGCGAUCAGUGAUUCCGUUAAUAAUAAUCGCGAUGUAACAUCUACUAUCACCCAACAAUUUAAUCCAACUAACCAUGUUCUCCACCCUACAAACGUCAUAUCCAACGCUUCCUUCAGCAUGGGUAGUGAACUAUCACCUGAAAAAUCCACAAUAAUGUCAUCAAAAAUUAAUAUAACUCGAAUUCCGGCCGUUGAUCAAAAUCGAACUUUCAUCAUGCCGAAUAUUCAAUCGAACGACAGAUUGAUCAAUUUCGCGCCUACGACUAUUUCCUAUCCCAUUCAAUAUACCAAUUCACCUCUCCACACAAGAAUAUUAAAUGUGGGAAAUCACAAAAUUUUCGUUUCCUCGAUGAUAAACACUCCGGAAGGCAACAGCAAUCUUUUUUACGAUAAUUACGAUACGCUAGAUACCUUCGAGGCCUGCAAACUGAACCUGGACUUCGCCAAAUUAGCCAACAUAGUAGAUCCCAACUAUGAUGCCGCAACUGGCGAGGAUAUGCCAUCCAAUCUGGAAAUCGUUACGGAUCCCGAUAAAAUCGAGCCCGAUGAGAUUAGGGAGAGGGAAACAUUGAUGGAUCACGGCCGUCAACCUAUUCAUAAAGGGUCAUCCGUGUCCCACUUAUCCCUAUACAACCCAUCUAAAAGGACUCGCAAGACCUCAAACCUCAAAAAGACCUCGAUAUUUUCUCGUUUCCUGUCAGCCAAGCCGGACGAUCACGGCGACUCUAAAAAGUUAUCUAUGCACUCUUCGAGGUCGAAGGAACAGAUAUGCGAGACCUAUAACAUCGAUAUACCUAACAACAUCGUUACAGCCUUAUCAUUAAGCGCCGAGCACUUACGACGAAAUAAACAGCCACGCAUCCCGAUAAAUUCUGAUCUUUUAGUUGAUCAUGACGACACCGAUUCAUUUAAUCACCUGCGCCGUAAAUCGCUCAUUGAUGAGCAUCAUACCUUUGAGCUUUUUAAAUCUAACCUCGAUGACAUCGGAAACUCCCAUUCACGCCCUCUUAAAGAAGACCUUGCCAACCUCCUAAAUCCCCCUUUCGAUUCUAUGGACGCUCAAGUUAUGGCGGACUCUCUCCCAUACCGCGCUCACUCUUAUCUACCAUUUAAAUCUUCUGACAAGCCUCGACAUCCCACUGUCUUCAAACGAGUCCGCAAAAGACUUGUCAAUAAAAUCGGCGGCUCAACUAACGUAGUCCAAUCCAACAUCAGCAACCGCAAACAGCACUUCCUAUCUGACAUAUACACCACUCUCUUAGACACGCGUUGGCGUUGGAGUGUGCUCAUAUUCGCCGCCGCGUUUCUCCUUUCCUGGACUUUAUUUGCCCUUCUAUGGUGGCUCGUAGCCUUUGCUCAUGGCGAUUUUGAACAAUACAAUAAUCUCGAAGCCUCCCUUGGCCAAGUUGGUCCUACCGUUGUUUAUAACCCUGACAUUGACGAACGCCAAGAGGUAGAAAAGGGAGGAAUUCAACAUGGCUUGGGCGUCAGGCGAACCUGCUUUGCUCACGCCGAGGGCUUCGUGUCGGCCCUUCUGUUCUCCAUCGAGACGCAGCACACCAUAGGCUACGGAUACCGCUACAUUACUACAGAAUGUCCGGAGGGGGUACUUCUCUUCGUGAUUCAGGCCAUAACUGGAGCCAUGAUACAGGGCUUCGUGAUAGGUCUCAUCUUUAGCAAACUAUCCCGGCCGAAAAAGCGGGCAGUAACACUCAUGUUCAGUCGUAACGCCGUUAUAUGUACCCGCGACGGCCAACUUUGCUUGCUAGUUCGUAUCGGGGACAUGCGAAAAUCGCACAUAAUAGAUGCCCGCACCAGGGCUUACCUAUUUCGCAAAAAAGUUACUCUCGAGGGAGAGGUCAUACCUCUGCACCCCCAUCACAUGUCUCUCAGUUUUGAUCCCGAUGGAGUCACGGAUAGAAUUUUCUUGGGCUGGCCCAGUAUCCUGGUGCAUAGGAUAAGCGAGGGCGACCUAGGGGAUGCUGGCUUAGGAUUAGAAGGUGGCUAUAGCGGCCCGGGUCGGUCUCCCCUCUAUAACCUGGGCGCUAAAGAUUUAGCCGAAGAAAAAUUUGAAAUGGUCGUCAUCCUGGAGGGUAUGAUAGAGGCUUCCGGUAUGAGUAUGCAAGCCAGAACUUCUUAUUUGCCUAACGAGAUCCUUUGGGGCCACAGGUUUCAAAAACUGAUAACUUUCGUGAGAGAAGAUGGUGACUACAACGUUGAUUAUUCUCGCUUUCAUGACACAGUCCCCUUUAAUAUGCCUUCCUGUAGCGCCAGGGAUUUAGAUAUCUUUCGCCGCAAAUUCCGAGAAGAGAAACGAAAAAUCAAUAUGUUUAAAGAUGUAUCGCUCCGCGACAAUAAUCUGGAAAAUUUUAACGCCAAUGAACUGAUUUCCAAGAUGGAGGAUAUGCAACUUUUAUUUCUGGAGAUCAAGAAACGAUUUGAAACAGCUUUCACCGGACAUUCUCUUUGAGAAGUUAUAUUAACGCACGUUGCCGAACUAACCAGGUAUUUAAGGCGCAAAAUAGAAAAAUAAAAUCUCGAAGGUUUUUUUUCUACCUGGGUUAAAAUCCCUAAAAAUUUUACAAGAAAAAUGGAGAAAUGAAUUAAUAUAAACCUCAUACUUACUCAACACAAUUAUAAACAAUGAAUUUCAACUGAUAAUCACAAAUUCAAAAAAACGAGUUACAAAUGCCAAAUUUUGAUAAGCAUUUCAAUUUUUUUAUACCGUUAUUAUUCCUUUAAAAUCCUGGGACAAACUUUCUAAAAGUUGAAUAAAAUUUACGGAAAAAAGAAACAAUUCCACAAUAUUUAAGAAUUGACAUCUUGAAUCUCAUUCCAUCCCACACAAACAUUUUUUUUAAAUACCAGUGAUAAUUAAAUUUAUAUAGAUGCCCACUCAAGUUGGUUAUGCUUUUGUAUAUAUAGGUGCUUACUUUUGGAGGCUUUGUGAUAAAUUUUUUUUUAGAAAUAUACAAUUAAAAUACCUUAUAUUAAUUAUUUUUUUAUUAUAAUCAAUUGAAUAUAGGCUUAAUAAACUUUUAUUCAAAUACAUACCUAAAACAUAUAUAUACCUUCUCUAUAAAACGUAUGUUUAUAAAAAACUAUUUUAGGUUAGAACAGUAUAAUGAACUUACUUAAUUAUUUUAAUUUCGUUUAUAUUAUUAAUGCUUUUUAAAAUUCGCGACCAUCAUCAUGACUAUUAUAUAUAUUUUUAUUAUAUCGAUACUCUAUGGUCAAGUGCUAGAAUUAGACGCGUCGCAUGUCCCUAUUCAAAAUCAGAAUCGAGACCAAUAUUUCUCUCCAUUCAUUGGUUAAUUUACACCGCGCUAUAAUAAAAAGCAUUUUACAAGAAAAUUUUUAUAAAUAUACUAUAUAUUUUUUCUUCUUAUGUUACUUUACUUAGAGUUUUGUUUUGAGUAUCGAAAAAUCUACCCGAUAUUUAUGUUCAAAUAUUGUUGCUAACCGGUAAAUUUUACUCAGAUUGCAAAAAAAAAUUAAGUCUUUUUUAAUGAACCUGUUAUUUUUAUAUAAUUUCUUUAUCCAUUAUUUUUGUUACUAAACCCAAAAUUUUUGUAUAUAUUUUUUAAUUAUCAUACUUGUAAGAUCAUGUUUUUUUUAGCCAAUUUGACGAUAAAAUUUAUUUAUACAAAUGUAGAUAGAUUUACUAUAUUCUGCAAUCAUUGUUCAUAAAAAGUUUAAAAAGAAAAAUACUAACAAAUAAU